GGGCGAGGUUCGCCUUUGUUUUGACGGAAAUCGAUUUUACCUAUUUGAGAGCGGGCGUCAUCGGGCGUCGCCCGGCGAAAAGCGGCGAAUCGGGCAAAAGCUAGACUGCCGAAAGGUGAAAAGAUAGGUAUCUUGAAUUUUCCCCGACUGCGCGCAGUAUAGUCCGUGCGCCGCGCUGCUGAUCGCCGUGUCGUCUGCUAUUACGCAGCCUAUCUUUGACAUCUGUUUGUUAUUCCCAUCCUCUCGACCCACGCACGCCUUCUUGUGACUUCAAAAAUUGGAAAGUUUGUGUGGAGUAAAUGUCAAAAUUGUGAGGAAGGAAAACAAAAACACAAACACUAGAUUUUGAAGCUUAUGAAUAUUUUAUUUCAAAGUGUGAACUCUUCAAAGCAUUUUCUUUCACAAAGUUAUGACUCAGUUCUAAAAAGAAACGAAAUGUCAACAGCAAGUGAAGUUAUCGAUGUAGAGGGUGGUGUGGAUGACCAUUACUUAGAGCUUUCUCCAGAGCCAGUUAAAUUUGAACCUGCAGAUGAUGUCACAGAUGUAUUUUUUGACGAUUCAAAGCAACAGGUUUUUGCAAUUCGAUCUGGAGGAGUCACAGGAGUUUUGGUCAAAAGUCGAGAGCACAAUAUAAAUUUUAGAAUGGAUGAUAAGGGGCCUGUUAUUUCUAUAAAAUUCUCACCAGACAUGAAUAUUUUGGCAAUUCAGCGUACUGUUACUUCGGUUGAAUUCAUUAACUAUGACUCAAAUUCCUCUUUAACGGGUCCAGAAUAUUCUCAAUCAUGUAAAAGUAAAAAUGCAUCUAUUCUUGGAUUUGUGUGGACUCAUGGAAAUGAAAUUUUAUUUGUUACUGACCACGGUGUUGAGUUGUUUCAAGUCAUUCCAGAAAAAAGAAUAGUAAAAACAUUAAAAUCUCUCAGCAUACCUGUAAAUUGGUUCAUAUUUUGUCCUCAAAGUCAUGUAGUUCUACUUUCUUCAGGCCAGCAAGGAGUCCUUAUGCAAGCAUUAUAUAUUACAGUGGGAAAUUUACACAAAAUUCCAAAGUUUGAAAUGGAAGCAAUAGCUUCCAAACCAGGAAAGCUUGCAGUUUCUGAGAGAGAUGUUGCUCUUGGGAUUUUGUAUGGAAUACCUAGCAUUAUUGUUAUUCGUCAUCAAUCAGGGGAUAAUUUCUUAUCAAGUGGAGCUUUUGUUCAUGUAUAUACUAUUCAUAAAAUGGUAGUUAUAAGAAAGAGUCAUAUUCUUAAACUCGACAUGAGUGGUAGAUUUGCCAUUAAUGUGGUGGAUAAUAUAAUUAUUGUGCAUCAUCAAGCCUCUAGGACAUCAAUAAUUUUUGAUAUAAUGUUACCUGGAGUUAGUGAUGGAACCGUGAUUCAUCACACCGCUAUAGCACCACCUAAACCAAUAAAGCCUUAUAGUCUAAGAGUUCCUGGGCCAAACAUAUCUGAGUAUAUUGAUGAACCUUGUGAAUUAUAUUCCCCAAAAUGGGUAGUAUUUCAACCAAAUAUAGUUAUUGAUUCUAAAUUAGGUUGUUUAUGGUAUGUGGAAUUGAGACUGAGCUCGUUAGUAAAGCUCAUGACUGACAAAGUGCAAUUGAUAGAAUUUUUAAUGCAAAGAAAAAAUUCAAAGCAACUCCUCAUUCAAAUUGUGAAAGAUUUAGUAAUGAAAAUGCCUGCCACUUUAAUGGAUUUGCCAGCUAUUUUCAAUAAGUUAAAUACAGUUUACAGAAGUCACUUGGAAAAUGAAAUGCAGAGCGUAAUUGGUACCCCGUUACAAAGUAAUGCAAAAAUUCAAAGCUCAGCGUCCAAUGACCUAAAGUAUAAAAUAUUUCUUGAUCAAAGCGACAUUUACAGUCACAUUUUAUCAAAUCUUUCUGAAAGCAACAUUGAUUCCAAAAUGUUGAUUUGGAUUCUUUUGGAAUACAUAAGAUCCCUUUCCGAGCACGGAAUACCGGUGCAGCAUUAUUUGCACGAGCUGAUCAUCACCACCCUCGUGCACAAGCAGGCCUACUAUCAGCUGCACCAGUUGCUGCAGUACCACGUCGUGUCCGACUCGAAACCGCUGGCGUGCCUGCUGCUGUCCCUGGAGAACCAUUACCCGGCGGCCCACCAACUGGCCCUGGACAUGCUCAAGCGUCUGGGCAACGCCCACGAGGAGAUUGUCGAGGUGCUGCUGUCCAAGGGCCAGAUACUGCCGGCGCUGCGCUACAUACGCGGCGUCGGCAUGGUCGAUCAGGCCUGCUCGCGCAAAUUCCUCGAGGUCGCCAAGAGCGCCAACGACCCGAUACUCUUCUACUCGGUCUACAAGUUCUUCGAGCAGCGCAAUCUGCGGCUGCACAACAGCACGGGCUUCCCGAAGAGCGAGCGCUGCCAGCCCUACGUGCAGCACUUCAAGCACCUCUUCCUCCAGAGCGACAACAACGGCUGCGGUAACUCCGACACGGCGUCGACCAUGUCCAACGUCUCCUCUUAGGAAUUGCAAUAUAUACUCUAUAAGGAACUUAUUGUGACGAUCUAUUACUUUUCAUUUUUAUA